AUGGGUCUGUUAGGAGAUGUGAUCUACUAUGCCUUCCAUCCCAACCAAUUGAGGUCCAUCAUUCAAUGUUUCGCUGCGGUGAUUGCGGAGCUCCACCCUGAGCUGCUGGUCGCCGUCUGCGUUUUCUACUUGAUCCUGCGUGGUCUGGACACCAUCGAGGAUGACACCUCGAUUCCGCUCGCGACCAAAGAGCCAUUGCUUCGCGAUUUCAAGAACUUGAUCGAGAAGGAUGGCUGGACCUUCGACGGCAACCGGCCGGAGGAGAAGGACCGCGAGCUUCUCGUGCAGUUCCACAAUGUGAUCACGGAGUACAAGAACCUGAAACCGGCCUACCGGGCCAUCAUCAAAGACAUCACAAACAAGAUGGGCAACGGCAUGGCCGACUACUGUCGCAAGGCCGAGUUGGAAGGUAUCAGUGUCAACACGAUCGAGGAAUACGACCUCUACUGCUACUAUGUCGCUGGUCUUGUCGGCGAAGGAUUGACCCGACUCUUUGUCGAAGCGGAGUUUGGCAAUCCCGGACUGCUGGCCCGUCCAAACCUGCACAAGUCGAUGGGUCUCUUCUUGCAGAAGACCAACAUUAUCCGUGACGUCCGUGAAGACCAUGACGAUAACCGGCACUUCUGGCCCAAGGAGAUCUGGUCCAAGCAUGUCGACAAGUUUGAAGACCUGUUCAAGCCGGAGUACCGUGAAGCCGCCCUCAACUGCAGUUCCGAGAUGGUUCUGAACGCACUCGAACAUGCCGACGAAUGUCUCUUCUACCUCGCCGGCUUGCGAGAGCAGAGUGUCUUCAAUUUCUGCGCGAUUCCGCAGUCUAUGGCUAUUGCUACGCUGGAACUUUGCUUCCGAAAUCCAGCCAUGUUUGAGAGGAACAUCAAGAUCACGAAAGGUGACGCCUGCCAGCUGAUGACUGAAUCGACGCAGAAUCUGCGCGUGGUCUGCGAGGUCUUCCGACGCUACGCACGCCGGAUCCACCAGAAGAACACGCCCAAAGACCCUAAUUUCCUCAAGAUCAGCAUUGCAUGUGGAAAGAUUGAGAGAUUUGUUGAAACGCUCUUCCCAUCGCAAACAGCCGAGGAUGCUCACCGCAAGAUCGCGGGUAAAUCCUCCGAGGAGGAAGAGAAGAAGAAGCGGGAGGCUGCGGAAGCGCGCGAGGACAUGUUCAUGAUUAUGGGUAUCAUGGCUGUCAUUGUCACGGUAGUAACCGGUCUAAUGCUUGGAGCUGCAUGGCUGAUGGGUGCCCGUUUCGAUCUGGCCUUCAAAGAGCUCAUGAAGGGCAAUUUCCGACCGCCGAACAAAAUCACACAUUCGGAAUUAUAG